AUGCCAUUAAUUCUUCGAUUUACUUUCAUUUGGAUUUAUUUCAAUUUAUUUUUCUUUCUCUGUUCUUUCUUUCUUUCUUUCUUUCUUUCUUUCUUUCUUUUAUGCCCUCUAUUUCCUUGUCUGUUUUUUUCGCUUAGCUUCUUUUGUUAUUAUCCUCUUUUUCUUCUUUUGUUUUUGUUCUUUAUCAUUUUCUUUCUUUUUUUUCUUUCUUUCUUUCUUUCUUUCUUUCUUUUGUGCCCUCAAUUUUCUUUUCUGUAUUUUUCAUUUUCUUUUUCUUUUAUCCUUGUCCUUUUUAAUUUCUUUCUUUCUUUCUUUCUUUCUUUCUUUCUUUCUUUCUUUCUUUUGUCCCCUCAAUAUUCUUUUCUGUAUUUUUCUUUUUCUUUUAUCCUUGUCCUUUUUAAUUUCUUCUUUCUUGCUUUCUUUCUUUCUUUCUUUCUUUCUUUCUUUCUUUCUUGGCCCGUCAAUUUUCUUUUCUGUAUUUUUCGUUUUCUUUUUCUUUUAUCCUUGUCCUUUUUAAUUUCUUUUUCUUUCUUUCUUUCUUUCUUUCUUUCUUUCUUUCUUUCUUUCUUUCUUUCUUUUAUCGCCUCCAUUUUCUUUACUUUUUUCGCUUUUUUUUUUUGUUCUUGUCUAUUUUGGGUUACUUUCUUUCUUUCUUUCUUUCUUUCUUUCAUUCCCUCAAUUUACUUUCGGAACCAUUUCGACCUUUCUUUCUCCUUUCUACUAUUAAUAUUCUUCAAUUCUUUUGUUGUUAUUUCUGUCUUUUUAUAUCGUUUAAACAGUUUUCUUUAUAUAUGUAUUCUUUGCAUGUUUACCUUACAUUUUACUUUCUUUCUUUCUGCUAUCUCUUGUAGCCGUUCCUCUCCGCUGCUUUUCUCUUCAACACAGAGUUCCCACGACACACUUUUCAAACUGAACUUUUUUUUUCAUCAUGGAUGUUUUUCUUUUUUCUUUAUUCUUUCUUUAAUAUUUUCUCUUACUUGUUUCUUUCUUUAUUCUUUCUUUCUUCAAAAUUUUCUUCAAUUUGCUUCACUUCGAAAUUUGUUUCUUUCUUUCUUUCAUUUCACUUCAUUUUCUUUUCUUUCUACUUGCCUAACCACCUACUCUUUCUUUCUCUCUUUCGGUCAUUAUUUUCGCCGAUUUUAUUCCGCUUUAUUUUGUUUGUUUUUGUUUCUUUCUUUUAUUCCACUACAUUUUUUGUUAUUUAAUAUAUUCUUUUAUUUGGUUCUUUCUUUCUUUCUUUCUUUCUUUCUUUCUUUCUUUCUUUCUUUCUUUUUUCUCUUAUUUAUUCAUAUUUAUAUUUUCUUUUACUUGAUGUUUUCUUCCUUUUUUGUCUUUUUUCUUUCUUUCAUUCAUUUCUGUCUCUCAAACAUUCGCUUUUUGGGCAUCCCCACCCAAUUCUCACUCCACAUCUGUCUUCUUCUCUCUGUAACGCUUUGCCACCUUACCUUACCUGACUUCACAAGUGAAGACGUCUCAUCAUUCUGCUCUGGUUUCAACCCUCUUCCUGUUUACUGCAUUCCGCCCACCCUAAGCAUGCGUACCAAGAGAAGAGCAAUGUAUGCCACCGACGAGUCGACGACGGCGGCUGGGUGGGUGUCUUUAUGGCAGGAUGGGAGACCCUGA